GUUUCGAUCUUUAACGCCGCCUGCCAUGUCGACGGAAGCAUUCCAAACCACCUACGACGAACCACUCUUGGCUUCGCAUCAUUCACCACCACGGAAGGACAGUUCAUCGUCCCUCGGGCUGGGCCUGAGUUUAGCCACCGUUGUGACACAGCUCAACUCGUUCUUGGCAGUGUUAUGGCCUGUGUUAGUAACCAUGAUUCUUGCGAGUAUGGUGGCCGUGAGCAUGCGAGACGCUGAUGCCGAACGUGCAAUGAGCCGGUACUUGUACUACAAAGGCAUUGACGAAUCGAUCGAAAGCUCGAGUACCAAGGUCGUUGAAGCCUUGACAAACGCCCUGGUCAUCAUCUUCUUCAUUGCGAUCGUCACGUUUGCAGUCGUGUUGCUGUACAAGUUCAACUGCAUGGGGGGUCUGCAAGGCUAUUUAAUGGCGUCGUCUGCCACCCUUCUUGGGCUCGUGGGCAGCGUGUUGGUGGAGAAAAUAGUCUGCGGUCAUUGGCACUGGCACGUCGACGCAAUAUCCAUGACGUUUGUCAUGUAUAACUUUGCCAUUGUCGGCACUUUGAGCAUCUUUUACCAAAAGGGCGUAUCGCCGAACGUCGGGCGUGCUUACUUGGUCGUCUCCAGUGUCAUCAUGUCGUGGCAACUCUGUCAAUUGCCUUCGUGGAGUACGUGGGCGAUUCUGUGUGCUCUGGCAUUUUGGGACUUGUUUGCCGUCUUGACGCCAUGUGGCCCGUUGCGUUGGUUGGUCAACUUGAUCCACAGCGAAGGACGACCGAUGCCUGGGCUCUUGUACGAAGCCGACAUCAGACAGACCCACCAGAGCAAUGCCAGCACCACCACUGCGUCCAACCUGCAAACAAACCCCGGGAAUGCCAAGCCCUACCGCGGGUCGUCGUCCGCCGCCGUGUACGCCAUGGCAGUGCCAGGGCCGCGGCAACUAGUCGUGUUUGAAAACCAAUUGCUAGAGUUCUGCCGAGAUUACAACUCCCCCCACGCUGCACACGUGGCAGCCGUGGCCAAGCAGUACCUCCACAACCAACCCGCGUGCUGGCGAUUGCUCUAUACAAAGUACAACGUAUCGUACAUCCGAAGCAACCGAUCGUACCCGUCGUAUGCUGACGUGUUUGACAGCGUGUCAUUGGCCCAAGACAAUGCAAGUAUGUGAUUGUUCAUGAUGUCGAUGAGAUGGACAGCUGGUAAUGAGCGUGGCCGUGCGACGUAGAUGAAAAGGACACGAUCAAGCUCGGUCUGGGCGACUUUAUCUUUUACAGCGUCCUCGUGGCCCGCGCCGCCAUGACGAGCUUUGCGGCGUUCGUCGCGUGUUUUGUGUGUGUGAUUGUGGGGCUGGCCAUCACCAUGUACCUCCUCGGCCAUUUCAAUGCACUUCCAGCUUUACCGAUCUCGAUUCUCCUUGGCGUGUCUGCCUUCUUCUGGAUGGCGGAGGUGGGCAACGACUACAUUGCCUUUCUCGUGUAUCGGGGCAUUUUGUAACUGCCAACAUGAAAAAACUUCGUCAACUGUAUCCCUUGACGAAUUAUAUUUUCUA